CGUUCAUCUUCUCUCUCUCUCUCCUCUUCUCACUUCUCCCAAUCACCAAAGACCCUCAAACCACAGCCAAAAUGUCUGGAAAGGAGCCCGUUCUCACCACCAACGCCCCCAAGCCUCUGCCCGGCAUCUACAGCCAGGCCAUCAAGGCCAAUGGCAUGGUCUUUGUCUCUGGCGCCGUGCCCAUGGACCCCGUCACCAUGGAGCUCAUCCCCGGCGACAUCCAGGCUCACACCCACCAAUGCAUCAAGAACCUGUCCGCCAUCCUCGAGGCCGCCGGCACCAGCCUGGAGAAGGUCGUCAAGGUCAACGUCUUCCUGGCCGAUAUGGGCGACUUUGCCAAGAUGAACGAGGUCUACAGCACCUACUGGGGCGAUGUCAAGCCCUGCCGAACAUGCGUGGCUGUCAAGACCCUGCCGCUGAACACGGAUGUUGAGAUUGAGUGCACUGCUGUCCUGUAAAUGGGAAUUUAGAAAAUAAAAGAAAAUACCAAAGGAUGAAUAAAUGGGAAUAAGGAUAUAGACCAAAAAAUAAAAAUUGAGCUUGGGAGUUCCCUAAUCUGUUUGCUUCG